GUGGCCCCGACUGGGGAGGGUCUGGGUGGAGAGGGUCCCGGGUCCGGAGGAUCCCGGGCCUCAGGCGAUGUGCCCUGUGCUUCUGCGGUUUCCUGCCUGGGCGCGGCGGAGUCCGCCAGGCCCGCAGCGCAGCGCAGCUCAGCAGCGCAGCGGAGGAGAAACGCGAUAGGAGGCAGCAGCUGGCCUCCCACCCACCCUAAAAAUAAUCCUCCCGCCGGCUGUCCGACCGACCAGGGAGGAAAACUUGCUGUCCCAUGGAGCGCGCGAGCUCCUCGGCUUGCUACAGAGCGAUCACCGACCGCUUUGAAGAGUCACCGGCUGAGUCCGGUGCACUGGUUUGAAAUAUACUUCUUCAGACCGUGGGCAGGCGUUUGGAAGGUAGCUCGAGUGGCCAGUAGGGGGACUGAGGACAGGAGCCAAACUCAAGGCUAAUCAAAUAAGAAGAAAUGAGCCUUUCAUUCUGUGGGAACAACAUCUCCUCAUAUAACAUCUAUUAUGGUGUCCUCCAAAACCCCUGCUUUGUGGACGCACUCAACCUGGUCCCUCACGUCUUCCUUUUGUUUAUCACCUUCCCAAUACUGUUCAUUGGAUGGGGGAGCCAAAGCUCAAAGGUGCAAAUUCAUCACAACACCUGGCUUCAUUUUCCCGGACACAACCUGAGAUGGAUUCUGACGUUCGCACUCCUGUUUGUCCAUGUCUGUGAAAUAGCAGAAGGCAUUGUUUCAGACUCGAGGCGGGCAUCCAGGCACCUCCAUCUUUUCAUGCCGGCUGUGAUGGGAUUUAUUGCCACCACAACGUCCAUCGUGUAUUAUCAUAACAUCGAAACAUCCAAUUUCCCGAAAUUGCUUUUAGCUUUAUUCCUAUAUUGGGUGAUGGCCUUUAUUACAAAGACAAUAAAGUUGGUCAAAUACUGGCAGUUGGGGUGGGGAGUGUCAGAUCUGCGCUUCUGCAUCACAGGCGUGAUGGUAAUCUUGAACGGGCUGCUGAUGGCUGUGGAGAUCAACGUCAUUCGGGUCAGAAGAUAUGUUUUCUUCAUGAAUCCUCAGAAAGUGAAGCCUCCCGAAGACCUCCAGGACCUGGGUGUGAGGUUCCUCCAGCCAUUUGUGAAUUUACUCUCCAAAGCAACAUACUGGUGGAUGAACACGCUAAUCAUAUCUGCUCACAGGAAGCCUAUUGAUCUGAAGGCGAUUGGAAAGCUGCCGAUUGCAAUGAGGGCAGUGACAAAUUAUGUUUGCCUGAAGGAUGCCUAUGAAGAACAAAAGAAAAAAGUUGCAGACCAUCCCAACCGAACCCCAUCCAUAUGGCUGGCCAUGUACAGAGCUUUUGGGAGACCAAUUUUGCUGAGCAGCACGUUCCGAUACUUAGCUGACUUGCUGGGGUUUGCUGGUCCUCUCUGUAUUUCUGGAAUUGUCCAGAGUGUGAAUGAAACCAAGAACAAGACAAACAGCACAGCAGGAAUUUCAGAGACACUCUCAUCGAAGGAAUUCCUGGACAAUGCCUACGUGCUGGCGGUCUUGCUCUUCCUGGCCCUUAUCCUACAAAGGACGUUUCUGCAGGCGUCCUACUAUGUGACCAUAGAGACUGGCAUCAACCUCCGCGGGGCGCUACUGGCUAUGAUAUACAAUAAAAUCCUUCGGCUCUCCACUUCCAACCUAUCCAUGGGUGAGAUGACCCUGGGACAGAUCAACAACUUGGUUGCCAUAGAAACCAAUCAGCUCAUGUGGUUCUUGUUCCUGUGUCCCAAUCUGUGGGCCAUGCCUGUUCAGAUCAUAAUGGGGGUAAUCCUGCUGUACAAUUUGCUUGGAUCAAGUGCUCUGGUUGGUGCUGCUGUCAUUGUGCUCCUUGCCCCAAUUCAGUACUUCAUUGCGACGAAGCUAGCUGAGGCGCAGAAGAGCACGCUGGAUUAUUCCACCGAGAGGCUGAAAAAGACCAAUGAGAUACUGAAAGGCAUCAAGCUCCUUAAGCUGUAUGCCUGGGAGCACAUUUUCUGCAAGAGUGUGAAGGAGACGAGAAUGAAGGAGCUCUCCAGCCUCAAAACCUUCGCGCUCUACACAUCCCUCUCCAUCUUCAUGAAUGCAGCAAUCCCCAUCGCGGCUGUUCUUGCAACGUUUGUGACGCAUGCGUAUGCCAGUGGAAACAACCUGAAGCCUGCAGAGGCUUUUGCCUCCCUGUCUCUCUUCCAUAUCCUGGUCACACCCCUCUUCCUGCUGUCCACAGUGGUCAGAUUUGCGGUCAAAGCCAUCAUCAGUGUUCAAAAGUUGAAUGAGUUUCUCUUGAGUGACGAGAUUGGCGAUGACAGCUGGAGGACUGGGGAGGGCACACUGCCUUUUGAGUCCUGUAAGAAGCACACUGGAGUGCAAUCAAAGCCAAUAAACAGGAAGCAGCCUGGAAGAUACCACCUGGACAACUAUGAGCAACCACGUCGUCUUCGGCCCCCAGAGACAGAGGAUAUCGCAAUAAAGGUGACAAAUGGAUACUUUUCAUGGGGCAGUGGUUUAGCUACGUUAUCCAAUAUCGACAUUAGAAUUCCAACAGGUCAGUUAACCAUGAUCGUGGGCCAAGUGGGGUGUGGGAAAUCAUCUCUUCUCCUUGCCAUCCUUGGGGAGAUGCAGACCCUGGAAGGAAAAGUUUACUGGAGCAAUGUAAAUGAAUCUGAGCCUUCCUUUGAAGCAACCCGAAGCAGGAGCAGGUAUUCUGUGGCUUACGCUGCCCAGAAGCCCUGGCUUCUAAAUGCAACAGUCGAGGAAAACAUCACUUUUGGAAGUCCUUUCAACAGACAGAGGUACAAAGCUGUUACCGACGCCUGCUCUCUCCAGCCAGAUAUUGAUUUGUUACCGUUCGGAGACCAAACUGAAAUUGGAGAGAGGGGCAUCAACCUGAGUGGGGGCCAGAGGCAAAGGAUCUGUGUGGCCCGGGCGCUCUACCAAAACACCAACAUUGUCUUCUUGGACGACCCAUUCUCUGCCCUGGAUAUCCACCUGAGCGAUCACCUGAUGCAGGAAGGAAUUCUGAAGUUCCUCCAGGAUGACAAGAGGACGGUUGUCCUUGUGACUCACAAGUUGCAGUACCUGACCCACGCAGACUGGAUCAUAGCCAUGAAGGACGGGAGUGUGCUACGAGAAGGGACUUUGAAAGACAUUCAGACCAAGGAUGUGGAGCUUUACGAGCACUGGAAAACUCUCAUGAAUCGACAAGACCAAGAACUGGAGAAGGACAUGGAAGCAGACCAGACGACAUUAGAGAGAAAGACUCUCCGAAGAGCCAUGUACUCAAGAGAGGCCAAAGCACAGAUGGAGGAUGAAGAUGAAGAGGAAGAGGAGGAGGAAGACGAGGAUGAUAACAUGUCAACUGUGAUGAGGCUCAGGACAAAGAUGCCCUGGAAGACCUGUUGGUGGUACCUCACUUCAGGAGGGUUCUUCUUACUCUUCCUCAUGAUCUUCUCUAAGCUUCUGAAGCACUCAGUGAUUGUGGCAAUAGACUACUGGCUGGCUACAUGGACAUCCGAAUACAGCAUAAACCACACCGGGAAAGCUGACCAGACGUUCUACGUGGCUGGAUUUAGCAUUCUCUGUGGAGUUGGCAUCUUUCUUUGCCUCGUCACCUCCCUCACUGUAGAAUGGAUGGGCCUCACAGCUGCCAAGAACCUCCACUACAAUCUCCUGAAUAAAAUAAUCCUUGGACCAAUAAGGUUCUUUGAUACCACACCCCUGGGACUGAUUCUCAAUCGGUUUUCUGCUGAUACUAAUAUCAUUGACCAGCACAUCCCUCCAACCUUGGAAUCGCUGACCCGCUCCACCCUGCUCUGCUUGUCGGCUAUCGGGAUGAUCUCCUAUGCCACGCCUGUGUUCCUUGUCGCCCUGGUGCCCCUUGGUGUCGCCUUUUAUUUCAUCCAGAAAUACUUCCGAGUUGCUUCUAAGGAUCUCCAGGAACUUGAUGACAGCACCCAGCUCCCCCUACUUUGCCACUUCUCAGAAACAGCUGAAGGACUCACCACUAUCCGGGCCUUCAGGCAUGAAACCAGAUUCAAACAACGCAUGCUAGAGCUGACAGACACAAACAACAUUGCCUACUUAUUUCUCUCAGCUGCCAACAGAUGGCUGGAGGUCAGGACGGACUACCUGGGAGCCUGCAUUGUCCUCACGGCCUCCAUCGCAUCCAUCAGUAGCGGAUCUUCCAAUUCUGGACUAGUGGGCUUGGGCCUUCUGUACGCCCUCACGAUAACCAAUUAUUUGAAUUGGGUUGUGAGGAAUUUGGCUGACCUGGAGGUCCAGAUGGGCGCAGUGAAGAAAGUGAACAGUUUCUUGACUAUGGAGUCUGAGAACUACGAAGGCACCAUGGAUCCUUCCCAAGUCCCAGAACAUUGGCCACAGGAAGGCGAGAUCAGGAUUCAUGAUCUAUGUGUCAGAUAUGAAAAUAACCUGAAGCCUGUUCUGAAACACGUCAAGGCUUACAUCAAACCUGGGCAGAAGGUGGGCAUUUGUGGUCGUACUGGAAGUGGGAAGUCGUCCUUAUCUCUGGCGUUCUUCAGAAUGGUCGACAUAUUUGAUGGAAAGAUAGUCAUUGAUGGGAUAGAUAUUUCCAAACUGCCCCUGCACACAUUACGCUCUAGACUGUCCAUCAUUCUCCAGGACCCGAUCCUGUUCAGCGGCUCUAUCAGGUUCAACUUGGAUCCUGAGUGCAAGUGCACGGACGACAGGCUGUGGGAGGCUCUGGAAAUCGCCCAGCUGAAGAAUAUGGUGAAAUCUCUGCCAGGAGGCCUAGAUGCUACUGUCACUGAAGGUGGGGAAAACUUUAGCGUCGGCCAGAGGCAGCUGUUCUGCUUGGCCAGGGCCUUCGUGCGAAAAAGCAGUAUACUCAUCAUGGACGAAGCCACAGCCUCCAUUGACAUGGCCACGGAAAACAUUUUGCAGAAGGUGGUAAUGACAGCCUUUGCGGAUCGCACAGUCGUGACCAUAGCUCACCGAGUCCAUACCAUUUUGACGGCAGACCUGGUUAUCGUGAUGAAGCGAGGAAACAUUUUGGAAUAUGACACCCCAGAAAGUCUCUUGGCCCAGGAAGAUGGGGUGUUUGCCUCGUUCGUUCGUGCGGACAUGUGAGGGGAUGCCUUUGCAGUACUGCUCAGAUUCAAGCGCCUGCAGUCAGCACACCGAGGGAGCCUCACCUUGGCCUUCAUAGGGCGGCACUCUAAGCUUCAGCGAAUUUCUGUAUGGAAAGCUGAGGUCUCUGUUUCAUGCUUGGUGUAACAGUUUCCUGAGAUACACUUCUUGUAGCUUCAUCCAUAGCUUAUUUUUCUAAUGACCAGGCCAGGUUAGAAUACUAAGCUAGGUUAACACAUCAAGCUACCAUAAGAGGUGAGUCAGUUUGAAUUAAGCCUGGUCAAUGUCUGUCACACAUGGGAGCUGAGGUGAGUCCUCUGUAUAACCACACUUCCUGGGAAGACUAACCUUGCCUUGCUGUUGGGUGCCCAUGUGGGAAGAGAGUAAAAAAAAAAAAAAAUCAUUUUCUAAUGAAAUACUCAAGGUCAUGAUCAACCUUAGGAGAGUAUUUUCUAUGCUUUUAACAUUAGUAAUGCUGGUUUUUUUUUCAUUUUUCUCUUUAAAUAAUUUCCUGUCACCAAAAAAGAUCACAUUUUUGGCAUUUCUGUAAAGCCAGCCUCUUCCAAGAGAAAGAUCACAGCAAGGGGUUGAAUAUUUGAAAACUUUUUACAUGUCUCUGAUUUCCUCUGUCCAGUAAGGAGAAAGUUCAAGUUAGCUUCCAUCCUGCAGUGAUAGGUCAGUGAAGCUUUCUGGAGUUUAGUUCAGCCAGGUAAUGACUCUAAACCCUGAAAUGCUAUCUUAUUCAGGACUCAAAAAAUAUAGGUAAAUGGCCUUAUCCAUCACACACACAUGCAUGCACUCUCUCUGUCUCUGCCUGUCUCUCUCUAUCUCUCUCUCUAUAUAUAUAUGUGCAUAUAAAUGUACACACAUAUAUAAUUUUCAUGCCACAUCUUAGCUGUAUGUUAAUCUUGACAAGUACACAUUCCUCAAGGGUACCAGAUUCCCUACAAUACUUUUCUGUGGGAGAGUUACAUAGGUAAUGAGUGCUUAUUUGUUCUUGACAAAUUUACCCAUAGACAUUGAUGACACACAUGUGGCCAUUUGUUUUGUUAUCAUUUUAGUGCGCAAGAAUGUACCAGAAAUCUGCAGGCUAUUGGUGUCCUAUUUUACCUAGAUGCUAGUUAGUAAAGUCUAGCUUGCUGGAUAUUUGUUUCGCUGUUAUUCUAGCUAAACUCUUGCCCGUCUGAUACAAGCAUUGCUGAGUUUCAUAUCAGAGUCUUCACACAUUGCAAGAUCUCCAAGACUCAUAAUUGAUACGUAAUGCAUUUGUUUCAAGACUUAAUAUUCUUGUAUAUCAGAAUAUAUUAAUGAGCCUUCAGAGAUACAGAACCCUAUAUUGUAAGGACUUCAUGAAGAUGGACAAAAAUGGUUCCAAUUGCUUUGCUUAAGUCACCACCAUUUUUGUCCCACAUAUAAAACUUUAUUAGGAGAAAAUAAUGUUCUAGUUGCAGAAAGUCAGCAGAUCACAGUCAUUACUGAAAAAUUCAAUCUCAAAAUUACUUUGCAAAAAUUUGACUAAUCUACUAAAACACUGUUGGUUUGAAAAAGUUCUGUUGGGGCUGAAUAUCCAUGAUGUUUAUUAUGAAGUCACACUUCCUCUCACAUGGAGAGGUUUGUCUAUAGACGUAGCCCCUUCAGAUGCAAAACUACACUAUCCUGUACACAAGGGAUCUUUGGGUCCCUAGAACCUUUACUUACUUCAGUUGAGUAAAUAUUUGAUUAUCUGUGAAACCAAACCUACCAGAUGGAGUCAGGGGGAUAUUCUCAGUCAGGUAAUUAUAUAUUAUUUUGUUCGUGUUACCUUCAAUGACAGAAAGGAGUUUGUAGGCAAAAUUUCUCUGUGCCUUGGCAGCCACUCCCAAAUAAAUACUCAGAUACUUAGUACUAAUUAUAAAUGCUCGACUGAUAACUUAGGCUUGUCUCUAGUCAGCUCUUAUAACUUAAAUUAACUCACUUGUAUUAUUCUAUGUGCUACCCGAGGUUUGUUUACCUCAUCUAUAAACUUCCCAGGUUGCUGCUUCUGUGUCUGGCUUGCAACUCUCCAACUCUACCCUUCUUCUUCCCAGAAUUCUCUCUGCUCCCUCAAAUCCUGCCUUGCUAUGGGUCAAUCAGCUUUUUAUUAACAAGGAGAGCAACACAUCUUCACAGUGUACAGAGAUUGUUCCAUAGAAAGCAUUUUUACUACUUGUUUUAAGAAAAAUGUCAUGGAAAAAAAUAAUCUCAACAGAGUUAAACUUUGCAUUCAUCUAACCAAAUCAACCUCAUAAAUAUUUACUCUUUACUAUCUAUAAAAAUAAUUAAGACAAGAAAGUUCAUAGCAAAAUGACAGGGUUAUUGGUGUCAUUGUUCAAGUAAAGAUCGUUUCCCUCAGAGAUCGUGACCCCCUACUAUUUCUCACUGAAUCUAGAUUACGUACCAUAAGAUCUUUCUAAGUAACUGGUAUUAUGAUCUGUACUAUACCUUGUUUAUCUUUGUGCCCUUAGCAUUAAAGACAAAUAUAUAACUCCACAUAUAUAUGGCAAUUUAUCAGUUGAUUCUUUUUACUGCUAGCCACACAGCUGUAACUAUGGGUUACUCUUUACUAGUCCUUGUUAUGUUUAUUCUAUUUAUUCUCAGUAUAUUAAAUUUGUUUAUGAUGUACUUGUAUGUUUACUCUCUAUAGUUCAUGAGAACAUAUUGGCUUAUCUAACAUAAUAAACUAGU